AUGUCGGCUUUGAAACGUCUAUUCGGUCUUGAUAAUGCGGAAGACAAUCUACGAAUUAUUAUAACACGUCAUGGAGAACGUGCUGAUCUAGCGUUGGGACCGAGAUGGGCAAGUAAAUUGAAUAAAAAUGGCGCACGUGAUCCUCGGAUAUCGUACCUGACACCACGUGCUGAUUUUCGUGAAUGGAACUAUGAUCCGCCGUUGACAACCGAUGGCGAAAGACAAAGUAUGGCGAUUGGAAGAAAACUGUUAAAUCUUGGCUACGCAAUUGAUUACUGUUAUUCAUCGCCAGCGUAUCGAUCGAUCCAAACAGCUGAUAAGCUCCUUGAAAGUCAAGGAAGAAAAGGUAUAUCAAUCAAUAUCGAACCAGGUCUAUUCGAAUGUCCUUCGUGGUACGCAGGUGCUCCACUGACAUUUAUCCCACCUGAGUACCUGUCUAUGGAUCGACAUUUCAACAUCAAUCCAUAUUACGAACCAAUUUACGAUGGCGUUGAUAUGUCCGAAGAGGAAGGUCGGUAUUACGAUCGGUCGCGUCAACUGAUUGAUGCCAUUAUCAAGUUACAUAAAGGUACAGGUGGAACAGUUCUAUUAUCAGGACAUGCUGGUUCAAUUGAAACUGUGGGACGCGGUAUGCUUCGUCGUCGAGCACGACCCGAACGUCUCCAAUAUGAAGCUGACAAAGUCAAUUACUGCAAUUUCGCCAUUCUUGAACGCGAUGCUUACACUCGUCAAUGGACAGUCCAUUCUCCAAUUACAUUCGAAAAUCCAUUAGGCCGGCAACGUACCAUUCAAAGUUCGAUUCCACUCUAUCGAGCUACAUCAGUACAUUUACCAACUCAUCAUGUCAAAGGUUCCAUGUCAUUCGCUGACUCGCUAAUGAACAACCGAGCGUUGCAGUACUACCGUCGUUAUGGUUAUCGUUAA